AUGUCUAGGUAUGUUUUAAAUACUAAUGAUAUUGUAUUACUAAACAAUGGCUUAUCUUUUGUUCCCUCACAAGGGAGCAAAUUAUCAGACGUUUUAAUAGACCUGCGUUUGUUUGCUUGCUCUGUUACUUUAAAGUUGCACUUUUCAAAGGAAACGAAGAUAACCUCUGAUAAUGAUGUUAACUUUUCUCUUUACAAAAAGAAAAGUUCCUUUGUACCAAUUAUGCCUUAUCAUGUAGAUUAUUUUGUUAAAUUAUGUGAAAUUGACUUUUAUCAUUACUUUUAUAAUGGAAAAAAGAAGUGUGCUUAUUUUAAUAUGUCAAGUGACACUAUGAAGUCACUACAAAAUUUUAGUUAUGAUUAUUCUUUGACCUUCAGACCAGUAGAUAAAGGGGGAGGCAUAACCCUGUUUGAUACAGCUGAUUACAAUGUUUUAAUGAAUGAAAUGCUCAAUGCUGAUGCCACAUACUUUUUAAUUAAUCAAGCUAAGUUAGGUCAAAUAAUUAAAACAGUUAAGGAAGACCUCUAUGACAUGCUUAUGUGUUACCAGAUACCCAACAGUUUACAUGAAUUCUUCUCCAUUGAUACCCCUGUAGUCCCUAUUAUUAAAGGGCUACCAAAAAUGCACAAAGGAAUUAAACCACCACCCAUGCGUCCAAUAGUAUCUGGAGCUAAAUGGAUUACUGAGAACAUAUCAAUUUACCUAGAAAAUGUUUUAAGACCCUUAGUUGAUGCUAUUCCCACGAUUCUUAAGGAUACCUACCAGCUUAUAGACUAUUUACAUUCAUUUGAUUUUAUUUUCAUACAAGACAAACAUUUACUUAUUACAAUGGAUGUACAAAGUCUUUUUACUUCAAUUCCCAAUGAAGAUGGGAUUGAAGCAAUACGUGAAAUACUACAAUAUUUUCCCACAAUAGAUGGGAAUAAAACGAUUCUAAUUUGUCAACUAUUAGAAUUGGUUCUUAGCAAUAAUGUUUUUCACAAUGGACAUUUGUUGUCUGAAGGGCGCCUGUACCCUCAUGACACAACUACGGUUCUCAAGCAAGUUACUGAAGGCACAAGUGGAAAAGAAAUUGUGCUGCUGACUGAUGGAGAAGACAGUGAUAUAAACAGUUGUUUUACAGAAGUAGAGAACAGUGGUUCCAUUAUUCACACAAUUCCACUAGGACCGCAAGCUGCUAAGGAACUUGAAGAGCUGGCAGACAUGACUGGUGGGCAUAAGUUCUACGCUACAGAUAGCUUUGAAUCUAAUGGUUUGACUGAUGCAUUUACUGGAAUAUUAUCUUCAAAUGGCAAUCUGUCCCAACAGUCCAUUCAGCUUGAAAGCAAUGGCCUCACUGUUAAAACAAAAGAAUGGUUUAACAGCACAGUGUCAAUAGAUAAAUCAGUUGGAAAUGACACUUUCUUUGUGAUCACAUGGCAAACAUCAGAACCAGACAUUUUUGUGCAGACCCCUAGUGGAAGAAUAUACAUGAUGGCAAACUUUAAAAAAGAUACAACUUUAAAAGCAGCUCGGCUUAAAAUACUUGGAACUGCAGAGACAGGAGACUGGAUUUAUUCAUUCUACAAUAAACACAGCAGCAGCCAGGCUUUUGGCAUCACAGUAACAUCACGAGCAGCAGAUCACAGUGUUCCACCUAUCACUGUUAAUACCCACAUGAAUGCAUAUAAAAAUGUUUAUUCUAGUCCAAUGGUGGUUUAUGCUGAAGUCAGUCAAGGCUUUCUGCCUGUUGUUAACGCAACUGUAAUAGCUAUAAUUGAAUCAGAAUCUGGAGCACCAGUUACCUUGGAACUCUUUGAUAAUGGUGCAGAUCCAGAUGUUGCAAAGCGUGAUGGAAUUUAUUCGAGAUAUUUUACUUCCUUUAAUGAAAGUGGCCGAUAUAGCUUAAGAGUCCGAGUUCAGGGAAAGGAAACAACCAAAUUAGAAAGCCGGAGACAGAAUCGUGCUGCAUACAUACCAGGAUAUGUUGACAAUGGUAAAGUCUAUUUUAAUCCAUCAAAGCCACCAGUAGAAUAUGAUGACUUUAAUGUUGAUGUGGGCAGCUUCAGCAGAACAUCUUCAGGAGGAUCGUUUUCUGUAGUUGGAGUUCCAUCUGGACCACUCCGAGACACAUUUCCACCCAGUAAAAUUACUGAUCUGGAAGCUAAAAUAAACGAAAAGACAUUCAUAUUGACAUGGAUUGCACCAGGAAAUGACUAUGAUCUUGGAAAUGGUAAAACAAUUAAUUUGUCUCUGGAUAUAAUAAGAGUAUUUUAUUUAGUUGCCUGUAUUCCUGUAAGUGAUAUUAACUAUCUGUAUUUAAGCAAGGGGCAUAGGAGAAUGAAACAUUUUGUUAAAUGGUACCAGUUGUAUCUUUCCUUAAAAUGA